AUCUUGCUAUGUCCCACUGGAAAAGACGUGUCCCUCUAGCUUAUGCCUUCUUCAUCAUCUCUGUAUGCAUGUUUCGCUCCACAGUCUCGAUUUGCAUAGCCUGUCGCCACACAAGAUAAAGCACCGCCAUCCUCGUUAAUCUCCUGUUCUGAGUGGAACAACUGCCAAGAAUAGCCAUCACAACUCUCCUCAAUCCAGCUUUUUUAUACUACGCACUAGCUGCACUUCAACAAGCCGGCAAUUGGGCCCAUAAGUACACUGAAGAGACAAUCAACACUGCACUCACGACGAUUCUGUUACAUCAAGGCCGUAGACACACGCUCAUCACCAUGCCCGCCCUCACCCCGCGCGACAACACCGGCUACGCGUUACCCUUCUUUGUCAUCGUCCUCCUCAUCAUCUUCGGUGCCCUGUGCCUUGUCAUCUGCGGCUACGCCAUCCACCGCACUUUCGGCUUCAAGGUUGACGGCAACGGCUUCAAGCUUGUCUCCGCAGCACAAGCAACUUACAUGGCGGAGGUUAGGAUCAGAAACAUGGACAACCUUGUGUAUGAAGGGAGGAGGAGCCAGUGGGCAAGACACGGAGAGGGUCCGAGCAUUGGGUACAGAGAGGGCUGAGCGUGGAUGAGUGUAUAUGAAGGUGAUUCGGUUGGGUCCAGCCAUGGCAUCAAUAUGCAUGCAUACACGAUCUGAGUAUGAGGACUAGCGAGGGAGGAAGUCGACAAGGGUCAAGCAGUGCGGUGAGAAGAAUAAGGCAUGUUUUCGGUAAUACUGCGGGAUGUAAUACAAGAGAACAGAUCUAAGAGACACAUAAUACAGAAAG